UAUAUAUCGCACCUUCUUCAACCUCAUACACCUCUUCCUACUCUUCUUCUCUUUCCCUUAUAGCUUUCAAGCUUAGUUUCAUCCUAUAUCCUCAUACUGCUCUGCUUCUUUCCCCCUGAUUUUCUUCUCUUCAAAUCUCUUCUCCUUCUCAGAUCUGUGCUCAGAUUUCUUGGUUUUUAAUUUGUUGGUUAAGAAGAAAGAUCUACUGUUAGUUUGUGUUUGAUCUCCUUGAACAAACGAAUUGAAAUCAAUGAUUGAUGCUGCGCACUGUGUUUUUGAUGUUUGAGAUUCAUGUCUCCUGUUCUCAGUGAAAUCCUCCGUUCCGGUUUUAUGAUCAGUUCCUCUUUCAUACGCAGGACCCAUCUUGUUCAAUCUUUCUCCGUUGUCUUCCUCUACUGGUUUUAUGUUUUCUCAGAAGUCGAUUACGCCCUGAUCUGCAUCAUCUAGGUUUUAAUUAAGUUAGAACACAUAGAUUUUCCUUUCUUGCGGUUUUUUAGUCGGGUCCUGCGUUUCUUCUAGGGUUUUUUUUAGCGAUUUCCGAUAGAGAUUCAAGGCUUCUGAAUUUUCCGGUGUAAAUACAAUGGCGUAUUCAAGCGGGAACUCGUCCGGGUCGACUCAGCUGACGAACUCGGGGUCGGAGGAGGAUUUGCAGGUGCUGAUGAACGAGCGGAAGCGGAAGCGGAUGCAGUCGAACCGGGAGUCGGCGCGCCGGUCGCGGAUGAGGAAGCAGCAGCACCUGGACGAGCUGAUGGCUCAAGCCGCGGCGCUGAAGAAGGAGAACGCUCAGAUCCUGAGCAAGAUCAGCUCCACGGCGCGGGAUUUCAUGAAUGUGGAGGCUGAGAAUUCGGUUCUGAGGGCUCAGAUGAUGGAGCUGAGCCAAAGGCUUCAGUCUCUGAAUGAUAUCCUCAGCCGGAUGAACUCCUCCCAAGCCGCCGGCGCCGGCGCGGGCUUCUUCGAUGUCUACGAGGAUAUCCCCUCCGGACAUCAUCAGACUCUCAUGAACACCAACAACAGCCCUUGGAUGUUCAUGAUGAACCAGCAGCAACCUAUCAUGGCUUCUGCAGAUCAUUUCUUCCAGUACUGAAAAUUCAAAAAUUCAAAAAAAAAAAAAAGGACAAAAGAUUGGUUGUCUGAUCUGCAGCUUUAAUGUUCUCCAGAUUUUGGUGUUCCCAGCUUGAUCUUGAGGUGUGUGGUGGUGCCUUGCUUGGCUGUUAGGGGUAUAACUGGCAUUAUCUUUAUCUUUAUAUUAUUAUCAUUGUUAUUAUAUUAUAAUUAUAAUUAUUAUUAUCUUGAUUAUUAUUAGUAUUAUAUUAAGUAUUAUGAUUAGAUUGGGAAUUGUAAUGAAUCCAAUGGGGAGUGGAUAGGGCUAAAGGGGUUUGUAGAUGAGAAUAUGAUGGAAUGAAUGGGUGUGGAUGUAUAAUGUAUUUUAUAUUUCUAUAUAUCUAUCUUCUAGUUAAAUCAAUGUCUGAUCUUGUGCCA